AUGGCCGCUGCAGAUUAUUACACUCCAAGCACGAGGCCGCCGUACUCGCAACAACCCACAGGCCUGCAACCUCCACCAGGUCCCCAACGAGCAUCAUCACAGCCAACUUUUGCAUAUCAGCCACCUCCGCAAAAUCCCAGUGGGCCGCCUCCCCAUUCACAAUAUUCCCCACCACCAUAUCAACAAAUUUACAACAACAAUGAACCGAAACCAAGCGUGCACUUUGCACCCUCGGUAUCACCAUCAUCAUCGUCUCAAAACCAACAUCGACCAUCCCAAUCAAAUCAACCACGACCAGAGCCAUAUUCUCUAAACCAACCAAACUAUCAAGCCACACCAGCCCACCAACUCGCCCCCUACCAACAACAAUACAUCCCCCCGACAUACCAGAACCAAUAUCUACCACAACACCCACACCAAUCCCAACACCAACUACGGCCCUACAUCCCGCCACGACACUCGACAGGCGAACUCUCCGAAAGCAAUGGCUACGCAUCCGACCCGGAGCGGCACCGACGGAAACACAAAGACCGAUCACGACGGACGUCGGACAACUCGCGCUCGACCAAAGCAGACGCAUUCCUCGGCGCGGCGGGCGGCGGCCUCAUCGGCGAUCUGAUCUUCCCGGGCCUGGGCACCGUCGGCGGCGCGCUCGUCGGCUGGGUCGGCGGCAAGGACUACGGCAAGCACAGGAAGUGGCGCGAGGACAAACGCGACCGCGACCAGGAUCGCUGGGAGCGCAAGUACGGGUCCGAUCGCUCCAGGAGUCACAGCCAUGAUCACGAUUACGAUCACGACCGGGAUCGAGAGAAGGGUGGCAGGCGGAGGAGGAGCCAUGAUGAUCGUGGCGAGAGGAGAGGCAGUCAUGACCGGAGGAAGGGCUAUGAUUGA